CGUCGCAGCGUGCGGACGUCACCGCGCUCGUUCCAAACCGCGAUAGCAACGCGUUUUCGUGUUCGGACAAUCCUAGUUCCACUUUAUUUACUUGUGCUUGUGCAUCGAAUUUUUGUGAACAAAACAGUUUUGACAAGUUACUUGUUGUGGGAACGUAUUUGCGGAUGCCAGUACGUGAAUUGUGCACAUUCCGUGUAUCUGAAACUAAUGGAUCGAAAUAAGAGGAGUUGAGCGUUGGAAACAUGACGCGCACCGCCAUUACGUUUUGGCGCGAAAUGCCAAUCGCUGUCACUUUUGUUUUGCUGGCGGCCGCGUGCGUGUCGGCAGCCAGGGUCAUUGUCGUUGAUGGCACCCGCUCCCUGGUGGAAGCGGACAUCAACGAGCCCCUUCGCCUCGUGUGCGGGAUGGAGCGCAAGACUCCGGUGCAUUGGUACAAGGAUGGACAGCUUGUACAGAGCGCCAAGCAGAUGCUUCGAAUAAGAGAUUUCCAAGAAAAAGACGCUGGAGUCUACGCGUGCCAGAGCAUCAACGAUACCACCAAAGAACUGAGGGUCACCGUCAUAGUGAAGACUGACAGUCGGGAUACUUUAAGAGAGUACCAAGCAGACAUGGACGUGGAGCGCCCUCUGCCGGAGAUCCUGUCACAGCACAGCGCGCUAAUGACCGCCGACGAUGGCAACACCAGCGCCGAAGUCAGGCCCGACAACGGCUACAGGGAUGAAGAUACUGAUGACCGGAACGAAAAGGAUCACCCCGGCUACGGACACGUGGACAACAGCAUCAAGAAGUACCCGCCGCGGUUCAAGCAUCCUUCCAGGAUGUAUUCCCUGGAGAUGAAGCCCGCUGGCAGCCUUAUCAGGCUGAAGUGCGCUGCUGAAGGGAACCCGACGCCGAAUAUAACGUGGAGGAAGAACGGCGGGAAAGUGUUCAGGAGCUUCGGUCAGCCCACUUAUGGGAAGUGGGCGAUGGUUCUGGACGAACUGACCAAGACCGACAAUGGGAACUAUACUUGCAUCGUCUGCAACGAGCUGGGAUGCAUCAAUCAUACCACCGAGCUUGGUGUUCAAGAGCGUCUAUACGCCAAGCCGGUGUUGACGCAAGGCGCUGAGAAUCAGACCCGGCUGAUCGGGGAGACGGCUAGGUUCAGUUGCGAGUUCCUGACGGAUAUGCAUCCCUGGGUGUACUGGAUGUUCUUCAGGAAGGACCAGCGGCUGUACAAUGACACGGUGGACGAUCCCUCCGCCAAGGAGGUGAUCAUUACCAACGAUAGCAGCAAGAUCGUGGCGAGCGAUAAUGCGUCAGACAGACCCGAACAGCUGACAAUUUACAACGUGACGAAAGAAGACGAAGGCUGGUACGUGUGUGUGGCGCUCAACACUUUGGGCAACACCACCGCGAAGGGGUACCUCACUGUACUUGAAUCUAUCCCAGAAAAAGAGCCCGUCGACCACCGAAAGCACGCGCUCCUCAUCAACAUCUUAACCGCCGUCCUCGGCGCUGCAUUCUUCGUGGCGGCCAUCAUAGUCGUCAUGGUGUUCAAGAAGCUGAAGCGAGAGAAGAUAAAGAAGCAACUGGCCAUAGAGACGGCGCGGGCUGUUAUCGUGACGCACUGGACGAAGAAGGUCACGGUGGAGAAGCCCGCGAUGAAUGGCACGGUGAACAGCACGGCUGAUGGCUUGUUAAUGCCAGUGGUGAAGAUCGAGAAACAGAAGCUAUCGCAAGUGCAAGGCAACCACGAGUCCAUGCUGAUGUCAGAAUACGAGCUACCAGUUGACGUCGACUGGGAGGUGCCGCGCGCGUCACUCGCCUUGGGCAAAGUGCUGGGCGAAGGGGAGUUCGGGAAGGUCGUGAAGGCGGAAUGUGUGGGCAUAUUGAAACCAGGAGUGCGGUCGGUGGUAGCUGUUAAGAUGUUAAAAGAGGGCCACACUGACGCGGAAAUGAUGGCUCUGGUAUCUGAGAUGGAGAUGAUGAAGAUGAUCGGCAAGCACGUCAACAUCAUCAACCUGCUCGGCUGCUGCACGCAGGACGGCCCGCUCUAUGUCAUCGUGGAGUACGCGCCGAAUGGAAACCUCCGGGAAUUCCUGAGGAACCACCGCCCUGGGAACAGAUAUGAGUCAGACACAGAACCUCUCAAAGAAAAGAAGACCCUCACACAGAAGGAUCUUGUCUCCUUCUCUUACCAAGUCGCAAGAGGAAUGGAAUAUUUAGCAUCGCGAAGAUGCAUACACAGGGACCUGGCUGCCCGCAACGUGCUGGUCUCAGACGAGUGCGUGCUCAAGAUCGCGGACUUCGGGCUGGCCAAGGACGUGCACAGCAACGACUACUACCGCAAGAAGACCGAGGGCCGCCUGCCCGUCCGGUGGAUGGCGCCCGAGUCCUUGUACCACAAGGUGUUCACGACGCAGACUGAUGUCUGGUCGUUCGGCGUGCUGCUGUGGGAGAUCAUGACGCUGGGCGGCACGCCGUACCCCGCGGUGCCGGGCCAGUACAUGUACCAGCACCUCAGCGCCGGACACCGCAUGGAGAAGCCGCCCUGCUGCAGCCUCGAGAUUUACAUGCUGAUGCGUGAAUGCUGGUCGUUCUCGCCCGGCGACCGGCCGUCCUUCACCGAGCUGGUGGAAGACCUGGACAAGAUCCUGACGGUGACCGCCAACCAGGAGUACCUGGACCUCGGCCUGCCGCAGCUCGACACGCCGCCUUCGAGUUACGACGGGUCCGGAGACGAAAGCGACAGCGAGUUUCCUUUCAUCAAGUAGGAUAAUGGUAGACUGUAGGGUACCUAGUGCUUGUAAAAUUGUGUAAAGCCUCGAGAUUAGGGUUGCCAGCUGUCCGGCUAAAGCCGGAUGUUUGGCUUUUUACGGUCGUGUCCGGCCAAAAAUUGUCUUGUCCGGCCUGUCCGGCUUUUGUUAGGCUUUUUAUGUGGUUG